UGCUGAGGUUCUUUGCAUAAGGAGUCAUCAUGACCUCCAAUAAUUACUUUAAAGUGCCUUUGAAGCAGCAGAGCAGCCUGGACAAACUAGAUGGAUCUCAGAAUAAGAAAAGCACGCGGUGGCGAAGACGUUCUUUCAACAAUUCUAAAAAUUCGAACAAUGAAGAAACCAAAGCCGGGACAUUACCAUGGGCACGCAGUCAGCUGAGCAGAACACGCUCUACGUCUCUAGUGGAUUAUACUGAUCCUCAGAGAACGAUGAUUAUAUUGGAGAAACAGGACAAUGAAGCCUUUGGAUUUGAAGUUCAGACAUAUGGUCUGAAGGUCAAGAACAGCAGUAUGGUGGAGAUGUGCACGUUUGUUAGCAGUGUGCAGGAUGUCAGCGCAGCAGAAGCUGCAGGUUUGACCGCCGGUGACAUUAUUUUGUCAGUAAAUGGAGUCAGUAUUGAGGGAUCUACACAUCAGCACAUUAUUGAGUUGAUUCAAGAAUCAACUAACAUACUAAAGUUGGAGACCGUCUGUGGGAGUGUAGUGAAAAGAAUAGAAUUAGAGAAAAAGAUGCGCUACCUUAAGCAAACUCUUCGUGAGAAAUGGGUGGAACUGCAAUCUCUCACACUGCAAGAGAAGCGUCUUACACGAGGUAAUUUGAAUGAGAGGGAUCUGCAAUCAUCUGUGGACUCUAUGAUAUCUCUCUCAUCUCCCACGGGUCGCUUUGGCCAGCGCUUCUCCAGUGACAGCAGCUACCACAGCAUCAUGACAGACGACAGUGAGGACGGAGCCUUCACGUCAUCUAUGUUCGAUGACUCGAGUCCAUUCAGCCCCACAGAAAAUGUAGGCUUCUUCCAGCUGGAGGGAGGGCCAUCAAGAACCCUGACCCGAACACGCAGCAUCAGCCUUACCAGCAGUAAUAGUUCAUUGUCCCCAAGCUGGGACAUCUCAUCAUCAUCAUCAUCCAUGUUUGGGACGCUUCCUAGGCGAGGCAGGAAAGGAAGCGUACGCAAGCACCUUCUGAAGUUCAUACCUGGACUGAAGCACUCCGUAGAGGAAGAGGAGGCCAGUUGAAACAUAAUUUACACCACCAAUAACUGUUGUUUGACUGAUUCCUUAGUAAGGACAUUGGGCAGCACAAGGUUCAUGCCAACUUGCACGGUGCACAGUCUCGGGGACAUUCUUGACUUUCCUGCGGUAGAUUGUAGAGACUCACGAGAGCAUUACAGACAGUCGUUUGUGUACAUUUCUCUGAACCAGUAGCAUUAUCGUUUCAGAAAGAUUCAGCACUGUAAUCAACAACAUGCAUUAACAACCUUAGGAAUAUGUAUGCCAAAAAGAAACCACACAAAAUGCAUCCGCUGCCCUAAUUCAGUGGUUUACAUUUCGGUCCUGCACACUUUUAAAUGUUCUAGUUCCCACUCGAGUUCUGAUGUAACUUAUCAUGGUCUGGCAUGUAAAUGAGGUGAGCUGUUUCAGUGGCUGUAGCAUAAUUGUAAGGGUACAAAAGUGUCAGGUUUAAUCCCUUGUAUGGGCAAUCCUAGAAUGGCUGUGUCCAAUCAGCAUUGUGCUUUUGAGCAAGACAGCAAACUUCAGAGGCAAUUAAUAGGUUGAUAACAAUACUGUUAAAGCCCCAAACCCUAGGGCUGUCAACUGUCCCCUAUUAGCUGGGACAUCCCGUAUUUUGGCUUAAAUUAGGACAUUUAUUGCCUCCAUAUUUUAGCGGCUAAAUUAUUCAGGGGGGUCUAACUUUGAAACGUUGUAUUGAAGUGCCCAAAAUGCUCAAGCUCCCUCAGCCCCUUCUUAGACCCAGCCAUCAAGCGAAACAUCAUGUGCUGUGCAAUAUAAUAUCAUGUAUAGAACAGAGGCACUUUACACAAUUUACCUUCUUAUUUCAACUCUUUAACCCUGUUGAUUUCACAUUACUUUCGAUCAAACCUGUUUAACCGUUGACUAUAAAACAGGACUGAUAAAAUAACUGUAGUGAGUGGUGUGAAAGUUGUGCUGAUGUUGUCAUGAGAGGACCGAGAUCAGUCAGAGCUGAGAGUGUGUCAGAGCUCCAAACCGCAGAAGUAGAGCAGAAAACUUCAUAACAGGAUGUGGUGAGAUAGAGGUGCUACUUUACCAACUAUUUUUUGCUUUCUUGAAUGAUCUCUUUAACGGAUAGUUUCACUUAAACCUGAAUGUAAAUAAUACAUGCAACUGUACAACUUAAAUGUGAAAAACGUGUUCGGGGAUGUCAUACAUGGUUUUGUUUAUUUGUGUUGAUAUAGAUGCAUAUAAAAAUGAUCAUGCAAAGAGAGAGAUUUUCUCAGAAAAACCAUUGAGAUGUGAUUUGUCUUCCUGCUGUCGCUGCAAAUCACCUGCACAUAAUACAGUGCAUGUGUUUACAAAGAAAGACUCUGCUCCUGGUUCCCUCCUCUUUAUGUUUCAUUUGUAACAGAUGGAUUGGACCCUAUAAAAUCCACACUGGAUAAUAGGCAACUCAAUAAACCCCACUCU